CUCAGAAGAGCAGAAACACGAGAGAGAGUGAAUUUAUAGAGCUCCGGUUUUCGCACAAAACCGAUGACCAACAAGUCAGAGUGGAUGUUUUAUCCUGGAGGCGACCGGCUGAUAGUCUGUUGUGCGAAUAACGAAGCAGUGUCGCGAACGUCUUAAAAAGAGCGACCUAGUCCGCGACUCAGUCAGAUCGAUAACCUAAUUUUUCCUGUUCGAUUUCUAACAGUAGUCCCCCGAAAUAAUCACUUCUCAGUACUAUAUAAAAACUUAUGAAAAGGGGAAAAGUUUUGAAUUCCUUCAUUUUCUUCCAAUUUUGUUUAUCGCACUCUUUUUCCCCCCUUUGAUAACAAAGUGUUAGAAUUGGGUAUGCAAGAGUCGCAUUUAAAUUGAACAAGGAAUGAAACAUGCUCAUAUAAGAUGAUGGAAGAUAAUUCAAUAACAUUUUCGUCUUUGGUGACAACAUUUGUUUAUGACGAUCCAAAUGAUCGAUGUAUGCUCGGUUUCAUGUUCCGGCGAAAAUGAGGAUCGAAUGUACCAGAUUAUAAAAGCACUUCUAAAAAUCGGGUCAAACACAAAAACUGCAUUGUCUUUUUUUUUUUUAAUCCAUAGAGAUGCAGUUUCUAUGAUUGAUGGUUCAGGUUCCGGGGGAAAUGAGGAUGAGCCAGACUACAAAAGCACUUCUAAAAGUCGGGGGUCAAACACAGACCGUAAAAGUGUGAUUGGUUUAGAGAAUUGAUGAGAUUGUUUAUGAAAAUUUAUUAAGUUACACAUAAUAAUUUGUGCGAUUAAUUAAUGGAAUGAAAAUAUACACCUAAAUUUAUUGUCAAUUAUCGUUUUUUUUUUUUUUGUAAUUGUAACGAUCAAUUUCGUGAACUUACUAGUAGGUAGGUACUAUAGAGAAAGUUAGGGAGCAAACAAAGUGCGGCUCUCAUCUCACUAGACAGUUUGAUGAAAGUGAAUCAUUCCUAAACACACCAAACAUCACCCCUACCGUCCACUUGUCAAUAAGACAAACGAUCACACCCCCACUCCUGAUCGGCAUUCCAUCAUACAGCCGCAUGUACCCAAUAAAAUCCCUCUUCCUCAUUUCAUUUCAUUGCAGUUGCAGCUCCCACCCAAAACAAAAAACCCAACUAUAUUAUUGAGCCGCUCGACACCACCACCGUUCCCCUCUCUUCCUUCCUUCCUUUCAUCUCUUCCCCUUCCCUUCCCCCAAACAUAAAUACAAACCCACAGAAAAAAAAAGCACUGCAAUCCCGUAGUAAUCUGCAGCGACACAAAGAAAGAAAGAAAGAAAUGGCGAGCUGUGACUUGAACCUGAGAGCGACCGACCUCUGCCUCGGCCUCCCCGGCGCCGACGCCGGGAAGCUGCAGGCCCCUGAUUUUGUGGACGCGCCGACGACCAAGGCGAGUGGGAAGAGAGGCUUCUCCGAGACCGUGGAUCUGAAGCUCAACCUCCACUCCAAUAAUAAGCUCGACGGCCAUGAUGCUGCUGAUAACAACAACAACAACCUCGACACUAACGAAUCGGUCACAAAAUCCGCUGCUGCUGCCACCAAGCCCCCCGCCAAGGCGCAAGUUGUGGGUUGGCCGCCGGUUAGGUCGUACAGGAGGAACGUGAUGGCUACCACCACGCACAAGAGCAGCAGCGGCGGCGGUGAGGAAGAUGUGAAGAAGAAGAAGAUGAUGACGAGUGCAAGUCCGGCUCCGUCGGCGGCGGCGUUCGUGAAGGUUUGCAUGGACGGGGCGCCGUACCUGCGGAAGGUGGACCUGAAGAUGUACAGCAGCUACCAGCAGCUCUCCGACGCGCUCGCCAAAAUGUUCUCCUCCUUCACCAUGGGGAAUUAUGGAGCGGAAGGGAUGAUCGACUUCAUGAACGAGAGGAAGCUGAUGGAUCUGCUCAACAGCUCCGAGUAUGUGCCCAGCUAUGAGGAUAAGGACGGCGACUGGAUGCUUGUCGGCGAUGUCCCCUGGGAGAUGUUCGUUGAUUCAUGCAAGCGUCUGCGCAUUAUGAAGGGAUCUGAAGCUAUUGGACUAGCACCAAGAGCAAUGGAAAAGUGCAAGAGCAGAGCUUGAUGAUGGAUGUGCAUUUCUUGUUGAUGAAAUGAAAGUUGUCCUUAAAAUUGGAGCCGAAACUAUUAAUUGGGUGUUCAUGUUAUAUUUUUACCGUCGCUUCUUGUUCAAGUAAUUUUCAAUUUUUUGGGGAGUAUUUGUGUGACUCUCUUUUUUUUUCUUUUUUUUUUUUUGUUAUGGCACUGUUUUGUAACUUUCACUUUGGAUGGGAUUAAUGGUACAUAGAUAAAUAUGUGGAAAAGAAUUGGAGAUCUAGACAUUUGUAAUAGACAAGAAAGCAAAACAAUAAACCUAACUGUCUGCCAUGCAAACUCUUGUUUAUUACUAAUGUCAUCCGAUCCCCACUGUUUUCAAAAAUUUCUCGCUGCAAUGUGCUUCUCUUAAAAGUGUUGUUUGUUGUUAAAUUUGUUGAGUUAGUAUGUUUCAUUUAUAUUCCUUUCAUAUUUAAUCUCUUUCAAAUUUGUUCCAUUAAUGUUAUCAUGUUGGUGUUGGGUUUUUAUUUUUUUAAUGUCAAGUGCCAUUGUUAAUUUGUUAUCAAAUGUAAUAUUGUAGUUUUGGUGAGGGAGAGGAAUUUAUGAGGCAAGUGAGGUGGGGGAACAAAGCCAUGUGCAUGUUGAUGGGGGUAGUCUCUCAGCAUAUGGAGAGGGACAUUAUUUUGUACAGGAAUAUACUGGAAACAGUAUA